AAAUUACCACGCUGUUAAUGUGGAUACUUCGACAACUUCUUGAUGCAUUCUGGACUCCACAUAUAUGGCUACCCCCUAAUACGGAAUGGUCAGAUUUGGAGCCCAAUGAUCGAGUGCAAUAUACUAAUUACAGGCAUUUAUUUUAUGCAUUUCCAAUGGCAGUUAUUAUUAUUUUAACUAGAUAUUUUCUAGAAAAAAAUUGUUUCGCUCCAUUUGGUAUAUCCUUGGGCAUUAAGAGUACAAAACCAAAAAAAGCACCAAUAAAUGAAUUUUUAGAGGAGACAUUUGUUAAAAGUAGUAAAUGGAGUCAUAAAGAAAUUGUAGGUCUAUCUAAGAGGUUAGACUGGACCGAAAGACAAGUAGAGCGGUGGUUAAGACUUAGAAGAUCACAAGGAAAACCAUCCACAUUAAUUAAAUUUUGUGAAAGCAGUUGGAGAUGUUUCUACUACACAUUUUCUUUUCAUUAUGGUUUAUUAUUUUUAUGGAAUAAACCAUGGUUAUGGAACAUAGAUUACUGUUGGAUUGGAUUUCCUCAUCAGGGUGUCACAAAUGACACUUGGUGGUAUUAUAUGAUUUCAUUAUCAUUCUAUUGGUCUUUGGCUGUUUCUCAAUUUUUUGAUGUGAAACGUAAAGAUUUUUGGCAAAUGUUUGUGCAUCAUAUUUGCACAAUAUUCUUGCUGUCAUUUUCAUGGAUUUGUAAUUUUCAUAGAAUGGGUACUCUUGUUCUUUUGACACAUGACUGUGGUGAUAUAUUCUUAGAGCUUGCAAAAAUGGCCAAGUAUGCUAAGUAUCAAAGACUGUGUGAUAUCACAUCUGUGAUUUUCAUUGUUGUUUGGUUAACAACAAGAAUUGGACUGUUUCCCUUUUGGAUACUAUACAAUACAUCUGUUGAUGCACCAAGAAUUGUAAAUCAAAUGUUCCCAGCUUAUUAUAUAUUCAAUAGUUUACUAUUCCUUUUGCUUGUACUUCAUCUAUACUGGACACAUCUAAUACUGAAAAUAGCAUAUAUUUCAUGGAACUCUGGAAAAAUUGAUGGUGAUAUCAGGAGUUCGUCUAGUGAUGAGGUCACAUUAGAAGAUGAUUCCAAUGAUAGUAAAGUUGACUCUCCUAAUGGAACUUUGUCAAAUGGCAUCACAACUUAAAAUAUGUCUUUAACUUUUACUAUUUUUGUUUUUGUUCACUUUUUAUUAUGAUUUUUUAUCACAUAUGCACACAUUAGGUAAAAAAUUACCUAUCAUAGUACCAUCACAUUUUGUAAAUAUAUGUAUUCCCAGAUA